AUGUCGCAAAAACACCCCCGACCUCUAGCGCCUGCGGCUCCCUUGUAUCCUGCUGUGAUCCCGGGUCCGACCCUUCUUCCAUCACCAUCCAAACAGCGACGGAACAUCACGACCGCAUGCAGAGCUUGUCGGAAACGACGCACCAAGUGCGACGAUAAUACUCCCUGUGCAGCAUGUGUUGCGAAACGGACGGACUGUAUACGCGAGGCGGCAGAGGAUGGCCGCAGGAGAAUGGCGUGGAAGCGAAAAGUCGAAGAGUUGGAGUCUGACCAGAGACUGCUCCCUGAUUUGAUGGAGGCCAUCCGGACUGGCGACAAUGGCCAAGUGGAAAACCUCGUUGGCAUGAUUCGGACAACUGCGUCAAACGAGGAGGUGUCCAACUAUCUUGCGGCCAACUUCCCUCACGCCGAGGAGGAUGAGUCCCGCAGCAAGGCCUCCACGCGCCAGCAGUCGCCACAGUCUUCGGCAAGUCGUUUCUCGAGGACCAAUUCGGGGCAGAGCGCACCUUCGUUCAAGGUGCCAGCCAAACCUUGGACAACGGUGACGGACGAUGACGGGCUUGUGUCGCACCUUGUGUCGCUUUGGUUCACGUGGCGCCACUGGUGUCACCCUUUCAUCGAGCGUGACAUGUUUAUCUCGGCAAUGAAGUCUGGAGAAGAGAACGGCGGAGUGUGCACUGCGCCUCUGGUGAACAUGAUCCUGGCAGAUGCUUGCUUCGACUAUGACGUCUCUGACGAGGACAAUUCCAUCCCGUCGACUGAGAAGCCCCUACAAGAUCUUUUCUACGAGGAAGCCAAGAGACAGGCAGAGGCGUCCGUCCAGAUGAGGUCGUUACCGUCGAUACAGUUCCUGGCGGUCCAAUGGAUGUUCUUGGAGCACCGUGGUAUCGACAAGCUCGCCAAUUCGAUCAUGCAGGAAAUGAUCCACCGCCUCAAACAGUUUGAUAAACCAGGUCGGUCCCAAAACCCUCGAACAAGGCGGGGGAAGGAAAGAGUGUCUGGUGCUCAGCGACAUUUGGGAUACACUAGCUGGGCUGCAUUCGUCUCCACCACUGCCGCUACAUUUGCUCUUCAAAAGCGGCCCAUGAUGGAACCCCCUACCAAGGACAAACCUCCUCUGUGCCAAGGUGAACCGGGUGAUGUAUGGAUACCAUAUCCUCGUGAUCAACCGCAAGUGCAUGCUCACCCCAAUUGCCAUCUUCAUCACUCGAGCACUCUGUACGAGAUUUGUUACAACAUCAGCCAGUAUCUUUUCGUCGACGACAAUCCGAAUACGACUUCCACCACACGCGAUAGCCUGGAGGAGCUACAUCGGGACCUCACAUUGUGGUACGAUAGUCUCUCCGACUGCGUGCAAGUCAAUGGAGUCAAGGCGCCUCACACCUGGAGCCUGCAUGCCCAGUACCACUGGGCAGUGCUGGUCUUGUCCGAGCUCAUCUUCACGCUGCAGGCCGACGAUGAAGACGAUGCAACACUCUCUCUCCUUGUUCCCGUUGUGCGAGCACAACACAUGACUUCUGCCCUCGCUAUCGCCGACCUAGUCCACCUUCAAUCUAUAUAUUGGGGUGUGGACCAUAUCCCCAUCAGCUUUCUUCAGCCAGUCAAUGCGGCUCUGUCUGUUGUCAUGAACGACCUCGAAGCUGCCGAGCGGAAGUCAUCUUUCAUCAAACUAAUCAUUGCCUUGCAUAGUCUAUCCCGCCGGUCUGUUUCAGCCGAAAGCAUGUUGCGCGUUUUACGUCUCAAGAUACGUCAGCGUCAACUAAUGUCGUCGAAUGACAUUGGGAAUCUGUUCAAAGACGCAGAUGCUCAAUUUGAAGGCAGUUUAUCUUCACCUGUUGUUGGUGUCGCUGCUACCGGUGAGGCCGUUGGGUUUGGUGAUGGUGUUAUGCCAGAAGAAACGUACGACGUGUUGGUGGAAAAGUGGAAUCAAUUUCAUCUUGGAGCUCCUUCCUCAUCAGGAUCAUCAUCCAGCUAA